AUGGAGGAGCUAAAACCAGGGCUCGGGUUUAGCCUCGCACUGCUCCUACUGCUCGUCCUUCUUGUCCGCGUCUGGCUCGUAGUCGUUCCACUGCGCUUUAAAGUGCCCAUUUCCACCUACUCGCAGUCGAAUGGCUGGUACAACGCACUGAGGUGCAAGAACUCGCCCCGAGACGUCCGAGUGAUGGCAGUGCUUGGGUCAGGAGGCCACACGACGGAGCUGCUGAAACUCAUGAAGAGACUGAACCGCGACGUGUAUACGUAUAUCACGUUUGUACUGGCCGAGACGGACAGAACGAGUAAAAAAAGGACGCAGUUGGAUUAUGACUUUCGAGAGGCGACGGACGCGUUUGUUGUGAUUCCGCGGAGUCGAGAGGUGGGACAGUCGUGGUCGUCCUCUGUGUGGACGACUUUGUUAUCCUUGUACUCGUGUCUGCGAUUGGUCUACAAUCGUCAUCCACAGCUCGUGCUCUGCAAUGGACCUGGGACGUGUAUCCCCAUCUGUGCAGCAGUUCUGCUCUUCCGAGUCCUCGGCGUCGAACCCGACUCCAAGAUCAUCUUCUGUGAGAGCUUUGCUCGUGUCCAGCACUUGUCGCUCACGGGCAAACUGCUGUACUACGUCGCGGACGAGUUUGUUGUCCAGUGGCCGCAGUUGCAGACAAAGUACCCGCGCACAAAGCACUUGGGCGUCAUUUGCUAG